AUGAAGCGCUCACUGUGCCUGCCGCCCGACUUUCUGAUACCCGCCUUUGCGACUCCAUCUCAAAAUUUAUUCGCGAGAUGCUCGCACAACGUUGCCCACCGACGAUAUGCCUCUGAUGGCAAAUCCAAUUCUUACCCGGUGAAACCCGACACAGCGAGCCAAACGCCUCUAAGGAUCUCUCGAAGCACAUCACUUAAAGGUUCAGGCUUCUCAGCAAAAUGGCCGAGAGAUACCAGUGGAAAUGUUCCAAUCAGGUUCUUUCCUGCUCUACCUGGUGCAAGACAAGCACGAGCUUCACCUGCACAUUUCAGAAGAAUAAAACUUGAAUCGGCGCGAGACAGUGAUCUCAAACAGCCCGAGCGCAGUACUGAAAUCGCAAGAUCAGGUAAAGCGAACUCCAAGACGAAUUCUUUAUUGAACGAGCUGUUUCCAGAGGUAGCGCAAAACAAGCCGGACGCCGAUGAUACACUUCGGAAUUCAACGACAGCAUAUGCGCCCCCUCGAAGGGCACCUGAAAUCACCUUUGACAAAGGGAUCCACAAUGAUGAAAAGUCAAAGUCAACUUCGCUCCUGGAUGAGCUAUUCCCAAAAACAAGACUCAGUAAAAUGAGAGACCUGAAAACACUUGGCCACAUUCCGGUCCCUCGACUUCAUAUUUCAACUGCGCGUGCUGGCGAGACUCGUAGUCCUGACCCGUCGAUAUCUGCCGAGGACAAGUAUGCUCCCGGUGGGCAAAGUCGCAAGGAGGACAUACGUGCACAAUACGAGUUCAAUCGACAGGAAUUCUCGGUUUUGAUGCUGAAGGGUGCCUCUCGAAACCUGAGCGAGGAUGACUUUAGAAGAAUUAUUCCUCGAGGUAAGCACAUUGCUGAGUGGCCAAUUGGAUCCGACAUUCAAAGAGUCAUUCCAUUGCGCAAUACAUGGUCAUUAGAGCGGACUGGGUCGUAUUGCAUCGUUUUUGCGAACAAAAGGGCUGCCAUGGAGUACAGUGCACACGCGCACAAAGCAGCAAGGCUAAGUUCUAUGGCAGCGCCGACUUCGCUCUUGGGAGCAAUUCCAGCUGCGCCCGGAUGCGAAGAGGAUGGCAUUGAUUUGUAUGCUUUGAGGCAAUCCUUCACUCUAGCGCCCGACGGAAACGACUUCUCGCUCGAAUAUCUGGAACGUCCGUACCUUGGCCACAUGUACCAUUUGUUAGCCAACGGCGGUUACUGCCCAAUAGUCGAACACAAUGCAGCAGCUCCAUCCUCAUCGUCUAAACUAGACAGUCCGCCGCCUAAGACAAAAGUCCUGCUGACCGCACAUGGAGGAUCUACCAUGGCAAAAAGAAGCCUUAUCGCUGCGAUUAGAGCCGACGGAAAAGAGCGCGGAGAGCUUUGGAAUCUCAAACAUUGGCUUUAUGGCAUACAGAGGUUGCAAGACGUGCUAUACACAGCUGCAAGGAACGGCUAUAUGCGCUGUGAUGAAGUCUCCCUGGAACAACUAGAGGAGCAAACAUACAAUCGAUGGAUACUGGACUUUGAGGAUCCUGUGAGUGCGAGACAAUUUGUACAGACAUGGCAUGGCAGACAGCUGAGCCCUCCGGAGCAUCAUGAUAAGAAUUACAUGCAUCCCGACCUUGUCGUGACUGAAGUUCUCUGGUAG